AUGGGCUACGCCUUCAAACUGCUUCAUAUUCAAAAGCAACACAACAUAAUCAACCGUGGCACCACCGUUCUCGACCUCGGUUGCGCUUUUGGAGGGUGGCUCCAGGUGGCUUGUCAAAGCUUGGGACCCUUCCACGGUGGAGGCUCCGUCCUCGGCGUCGACACAAAAAAAGUCAAGGUUCCCCCUUUUCACUGCGAUUAUAGGGCUCAGACUAUCCUUUGCAGGUUGUCGUUCCUUGAUGAUGAUGAAUGGAGGUUGAAUAGGGUUGCGCCAUGGAGACGAACAUGGAGGUUGGCGGCAGCGCUAGGUGGUGAUGGUGGUGGUUUCUAG